AUGCUGAAUGACGAAAUUAGAAAGGGAGUCUCUAAAAGGAAGGGACGUGGCUUUGAAGGAUCUCAAAAGAGUAAUGUGAAGGAAUAUGAAACGCUUGGUGAUGAUGGUUUUUAUGGGCCGCAGCGUUCUGUUGAGGGUUGGAUAAUUUUUGUUACAAAUGUCCAUGAAGAAGCGCAGGAGGAAGAUGUAAAAGAUCUCUUCAAAGAUUAUGGAAAUGUAUUAAAUAUGCAUUUAAAUCUUGAUCGACGAACUGGCUACUUUAAAGGUUAUGCAAUUGUUCAAUUUGAGACGCAAAAGGAAGCAGCUGAUGCUAUUGCUGGAUUGAAUGGCUAUGACUUUCUUGGUCAAGAAUUAUCAGCCGAUUGGUGCUUUGUUAAGGGAGGUCGUGACAAGAGACGUUAA